AUGGCUCCUUCCCCCAUCAUCUUCCCACGCGAGCACGUCAUGGACCUGGGCACCGGCACCAUCGGCCCUCUGACCUUCAAGCACUCUGCUAAAGGCACACUCCUCUCCGCCUCAGCGCCAUUGCUCGACGCGCCCUUCAAUCACAUGAUCAUCAAGUCUCCGCGACUCCUCGCCAUGUUCGAUUUUGAGUCGAAUAAGGUCGAUGUCAUGAGGGUUGUCCCGAAGAGCUUUUCGUUCGUUCUCACCCCUACAUUUUUCCUGAAAUCGCGUGUUUUUCUUUUGCCAGAGUAUCAAAGUUGUACAUCCAUUUGGUAGAUUCGCUGACUUGGUGCUUGGUCUUUAGGGUGCCCAAGUUUCGUCUCGUGGAGAGCGAGCCCGAAUGCUUCGAUACCGCGAUCUUGACACUUUGCGAGUACGUUCGUGAUGGGGACUACCCGGACGGAAUACGGAUUUUGGGGACCAAGAUGGGAGACGGACCCUUGAAAGAUAUGGUGGACAUUGUGGACGAAGAUUACGGUCAUUGUACUUCCAACCACCCCCUCGACUUUACUUCCUCUUCAUCAUGCGACUUCUCAAAGCCCACAAACUCUAACGGUGCACUUAGUCUCGAGAACCCGCCCCCGACGAUCCGUGAACUCAUGAAGAAGCAGACAGCCCUCUUGGGUAGCAUCCUGGAGUAUCUUCAGUCGCAAGAUCGGGACCACUACAGGUACUUGGUUAUGAAAGGAACAAAGCGGUGCGCCAAGGAAGGCCCGAAGUACAGGUCAAAGUUUCGAAAGGAUAUCCUCGAUUUGAUU